AUGGAGACAAGUGGAAACAAAAAAAGCAAGAAAGGCAGGAACAAGAGGAUCAUCAAACAUAUCCCGCGUACCUCCAAUCAGGGUGGUGCUCCCCUCAGCCCAGAAAAAAAGUCUGUCAAGACUGAAGACCGGGCCAGCAAAAAGGACCAAGAGGAAAGGGAGAAACCUCAACCGGUGGUGGAGGAAAAGAAAGAAAAACCCCAGCCGGUAAACCCAUGGAAGAAAAACCUCCAAGAGGGGAGCAACCUGGUGUACUGCCAGGUACAUAACAAAGCUGAUUACCCUGCCCUGCCGAGACGACAUUUCAGGCAGGGUCAGAUGAGACAGGAGCCAGAGUUACCAACCACAGCUCCAGAGUCAAAGCCUGCCAAAUCACCUGAGGAGGCAGAGCCUGUCACAGCUCCCCAAGAGCCAGAGUCUGCAACAGCACCUGAAAAGCCAGAAUCUGUCACAGCUCCUCAGGGGCCAGAGCCUGUCACAGCUUCCCAAGAGCCAGAGCUUGUCACAGCUCCCCAAGAACCAGAGCCUGCCAUGUCACCUGUGGAGCCAGAGCCUGCAACACCACCUGAGGAGCCAGAGCCUGCAACAGCUCCUCAGGAGCCAGAGCCUGCCACAGCCCUCCAAGAGCCAGAGCCUGCAACAGCUCCUCAGGAGCCAGAGCACGCCAUUGCCCUCCAAGAGCCAGAGCCUGCCACAGCCCUCCAAGAGCCAGAGCCUGCCACAGCCCUCCAAGAGCCAGAGCCUGCCACAACCCUCCAAGAGCCAGAGCCUGCAACAGCUCCUCAGGAACCAGAGCAUGCCAUUGCCCUCCAAGAGCCAGAGCCUGCCACAGCCCUCCAAAAGCCAGAGCCUGCAGCAGCUCCUCAGGAGCCACAUCCAACCACAUUAACCAAAUUAUUCGCUGAUCUAGGGUUCACUGUGACAGCAGGACAACAGCCUGAAUGUCCAGUCCAGAAAACCAAUGUGGAGGUCUACUGUGAGCAGACCAACCAGGCUCUGCUCCAGAUCCCUGAGCUUGAGCUUCAGAGGAUCGGAGAAGAGAAGGAGGAGCAGAUCUCUAAACUGGCAAAGGAGAAAGAAGUCCUGCUAAAAGAGGUAGUGCAAUGGAAACAAUUGCUGAAGAGCCAAACAACAGAGGCAAACCUCCAGCAAGGAUUUCUAAAGGCUCAGCUUUCCAAAGAGAGGCAGGCCAACAGUGAAGCGUCUAAUAAAAUUAGGCAGUUAGAGAACGCUCUGGAGGCUGAGAAGAAAGAGCAGGGAGAGAUGGAAAUGGUCUUGGCCCAAAACAUGGAGUUAACAUUUAGAAUGGAGGCUACCUUGGUCCAGGCAAACAAGGACCUGCAACACAAAACAGACCAGUGGGAGGAGGACAGGUCCCGUCUCCUGGCCAAACAGCAGGAUGAGACCUCCCGUUUGUUGGCAGCACUCAAGCAGGCUAAAGAGGACCUCGAGAACGAGAGGCGCCAGUGGAAGGAGGAAAAGUCCCUUCUACUGGAGUCUCUCAGUAACAAGACCCUCGAGGAGAAGGAGGGAGCCAGCGGAGGCUUGAUUGACAGGAUGGCUGAUCUGGAGAGGCAGAUGGAAGAGAUUGAGAUCGAAGCCAAAGAGCCCAAGAAAAGCAAGAAGAAAUCUCUGUGGAAAAGAUUCCGCCAGUUAUUCAAAUAA